AUGAGUGACAGUUCUGUGAGGGAAAAGAAUGAUAAUUUCCGUGGCUAUCGGAAAAGAGGAAGACAAGAACUGAGGAAGAUUAAAAGAUCUUCUGCCAGAACUGAAGGCGGAAGCACAGAAACAUUAGAGGACGUAGCAGAAGAUAUUGACCAUAGAUCCGAUGAGGAUGAAGUGUCCGAUGUCGACAGUGGCGAUGAUUUCGAUAUUGAGGAUGAAGAGGGUAAAAAGGAAAAAGUUUAUGACGCUUUAUUGACGAUUCUCAAAUCUGAACAUCCAGAGCCAAAAAGAAGAAGGCGAGAGGCUGACGAGAGUAACAAAGCUCCUGCCGAAGUUGGGGAGGAUGAGCACGAAAAUACAGAACAUGGACCAGUGGAUGAUCAAUUGGAGAUAGAGAAUGGCCUUUUGGGUAAUCACGAGGAUGAUAACGACGAUGACAGCAGUGGAGACGAAAAAGAUAUAGACAGUGAAGAUGAGCAAGAUCCUUUCGAGUCUCAUUUCAACCAAGUUCCGGAGAAAUUCGUUGAUAAGUUGUCGAAUGCUUUCAAGACCAAAAGUGUAAAAUACAAAUCCGUAAAGGGCUCACUAAGUGACAGUGAAUCAUAUAUAUAUGCUAAACCGGUAGUAAUUGGUGAGGAAGCAUUGGUGGAAAGUCCGUACAGGUCAUCAUCUAUAUAUUCAUACUUUUUGAAACAAAGGCUAAAAGUGCAAAAUGGACUAUUGGAUAAAAAAACUGAUCCAUUGACUGCUUUGCAAAAAAAAUUAGUAGACCCCAUGUUUCAGUAUAAAGACAUAUUAUACGAGUAUGACUCCUACGAAAAGGACGAAGACGAGUACAGAGAUUUAUAUGCUUUGCAUGUUUUGAAUCACAUCUACAAGACAAGAGAUAGAAUCUUGAAAAAUAAUCAAAGAUUACAGGAUAACCCAGACACUGAACACCUAGAUCAAGGUUUUACAAGACCAAAAGUGUUAAUUGUAGUCCCUACUAGAGAGGUGGCGUACCGCGUUGUAGAUAAGAUAAUUUCAAAAUCUGGUAUAGAUCAGGUUGACAAGAAGGGAAAGUUCUACGACCAAUUCCGUGACGACUCCUUACCUCCAAAGUCCAAACCAAAAUCUUUCCAACACAUAUUUAGGGGGAACACCAACGAUUUUUUUGUUGUCGGUCUCAAAUUCACAAGAAAGGCUAUAAAACUUUAUAGCAAUUUUUACCAGUCUGACAUUAUUGUAUGUUCGCCAUUGGGUAUUCAAAUGAUCUUAGAAAAUACAGAUAAAAAAAAGAGGCAGGACGAUUUUUUGUCCUCAAUAGAGUUGAUGGUGAUUGAUCAAUUACAUUCAAUAGAAUACCAGAACAUAUCUCAUAUUUUCACCAUCUUUGACCAUCUUAACAAAAUCCCGGAUCAACAACAUGAAGCUGACUUUAGCAGAAUUCGGAUGUGGUACAUUAAUGAACAAGCUAAGCUCUUCAGACAGACAAUGGUAUUCACAAAAUACAUCUCGCCAGCGGCUAAUUCAUUAAUCAAUGGUAGAUGCCGUAACAUGGCAGGAAGAUGGAAGAAUCACAAGGUAAUAGGAUCAGAAAACUCCAGUAUUGGGCAAUCCGGUUUGAAAAUCAGGCAAAUCUUUCAAAGAUUUGACAUUAUUGGGAAUUCGAUUAUUGAAGAGCCUGACUACAGAUUUAAAUUUUUUACAAGUGUCAUCAUUCCUGGUAUUGUCAAAUCCACCGGGUAUGAAGACGGAAUACUGAUUUACAUUCCUGAUUACACUGAUUUCAUUCGUAUUAGAAACUACAUGAAAGAGAAGACGACGAUUUUAUUUGGGGAUAUAAAUGAGUACUCUAGCCAAAGACAGCUCAAUGCAAAUAGGUCAUUGUUUCAACAGGGGCGUCUAAAAGUUAUGUUGUAUACGGAAAGACUGCACCAUUAUAGACGUUAUGAAAUCAAGGGUGUCAAGAGCGUCGUUUUUUAUAAGCCUCCAAACAAUCCUGAAUUUUACAAUGAAGUUGUCAGAUUUAUUGGUAAGAACGCCUUUCUAGGUAAUACCGAUUUAAACAUAUCCACUGUUAGAUGCAUUUAUAGCAAGCUUGAUGGUCUUUCACUCGAAAGAAUUGUGGGGACGAAAAGAGCAGCUGUAUUAUCGCAUGCACAAAAGGAAAUUUAUGAAUUUAAAUAA